GCUAACUGUUCAAUUUAAAACAUACAACUGAAAAAAAAUGAAUUUGCAGUCCGGAGGUGCAGGUAACGCAGACGGUAUGGAUUCCAGUUUGGAAAAUUUCGACGAGGAUGCUGUUAACGAAAGUAUGCUGGAUGUGAUCAACCGGGUGCAAACAUUGCUGAACCCGUUGGCAGCUCCAUUCUCACCUGAGUUUUCUCCCGGAUCGUCAACAGCGGAAGCUUCAACUUCAUACGUUCCCAGAUUCAAUGCAGUUGGUUCGGAAUCGACCAGUGCCCUCAGCCGUCUUGACAGUGAUAGUGUCGUACCGGAUGCAACCUCGAACGUCGAAGAACUACUGAUGGAAAGUCGACGGUACAGAGCAGAUGCUGCCCCCGAGGUAGAGUCCAUCAUUCCCGAUGAUAUUUGGAACGAUCUGGACGUCAAUCUGGCUCCAUCACCUCCGCGAAAGCGAACGGACGACCCACAACCCGUCCCCGUUACGUGUCCAAUAUGCUUUGAAUCCGUAUUCGAUCAGCAGGCGGCUUCUACCAUUUGUGGACAUCUGUUUUGCCAUUCGUGCAUUAUUCAGGAAGUUGUAAUCCGUCCAAAAUGUCCGAUGUGUAAACGGACGGUCAACCUUUCGCAAGUUAUUCCUAUUUUCAUUAACUGAAAUACUCGCCGUUAUUGCUCGUAGACCAGGUAGGUAGCUACUGUUGUAUCAUGAUUAUGUCACCGACAGAUAGAAAGUCGUGAUUUCCAAAUAGAAUGUUGAUUUUUAAAUAGUUCAAUCGUUUGUUUAGUCAGUUGCAGUUGAAACAACAUUUGAAUGAAAAUUAGAGUUAUGUGUGGGUAAUACGCGCCACGGGGAAAUAUGACCAACAGCGUUGAUUUAUGUCUUAAAAAAACUAUAUGGAUAAUUAGGUCAGACCCCGAUUAGCUGAACGCCAUUAUACUAAACGCUA